UUUUAAAUGAAAUUUUAUUAAAUAGUAAAAUACGUAUAUACAUUACAGUACAUGUUAACAGACUUAAUAACGCUUGUAGUAACACAUAGUAACCGCUAGGUGGCAAUAGGUGGGACGCUGUUACUCUUCCUGUCGCACGUAUUUGACGUUAUUGCCCGUAUAAGGCGGUCGCGUGCCGAUGGCGUCACUGCGCGUCAAAUUUUUUUGAACCGAAAGGCGGUUACAAACAAACGGCAGCAGUUAGUUAUUAUUUUAUUAAAAGGAAAGAAGAAGGAGUAAUGUCGAGUAUCAGAGUCUCUCACACAGUGAGGUGUGAGCGAGCUCCUCUGCGUGAUGUACAGAAUGAGAGAUCAGUGCUGCAGCAGACUCCGUCCAGUGUUAAAGUGUGUGAGGUGCACUCUGAUCAGAAGGAAAAUCUCUCUGAAAACACGUCCGUAACAAACGUCACGUUUAAAUCCUUCACGUGUGCAGGAGGAGAGGUGGAGAUUUCAGACAGAUCUGAUCUCUCAGACGAAUCCGUUCUAAUCACUCGCGACUCUUCUGAUCCUCACACUGUUAAUAACUCCACCCUGACACACGAGGAGACUGAGGGCGAGCACGAGGACCAUCCGUACUGCAGAUACGCCGCCGACAGGACGCAGGACGACCACGCCUCCUCUGGAAAUCAGUCUCUGAGCCACACAGACUCUCCAGACGUCACCUUCAAAUCCUUCACCUGUCCUGGAGGAGAAGUCGAGAUCGCAGACGAUGAAUCGAUCGAACGCAAUGAAUCAGUUCUCUCUAAAGAUCCAGAUUUGGAAACUCAGGGUUUUGAAGAUGAGGUUUCUGAUGAACACACAGAGCUUCCCAGCCGCCAUUUUGAUCAUCCGUACUGUAACACUCAAACAUCUGAGCUGAGAUCUGGGAAAAUGGAGGAGGAGGAGGAGGAUGAUGCAUCUAUCUCCAUCUCCAAAAAUGCUCCAGACGUCACCUUUAAAUCCUUCACCUGUCCUGGAGGAGAAGUUGAAAUUGCAGAAGAGUCACUCGUGCCGGAAGAAGAAUCACUCGUGAAGAACGACUCACUCAUCGUUAAUGUUUCAGAACUGCAAAGUGAGAUCUGUGAUGAGCUUCCCAGCCGCCAUUUUGAUCAUCUCUACUGUAAUAUUCAAACAUCUGAACUUGGAUCUGGGAAAGUGGAGGAGGAGGAGGAGCAUGAUGAUGAUGGUGGUGAUGGUGGUUCUGUAAUUCCUCCAUCCAUCUCCAUCUCCAAAAAUGCCACAGAUGUCACCUUUAAAUCCUUCACCUGUCCUGGAGGAGAAGUUGAACUUGCAGAAGAAUCACUUGUGAAGAAUGAAUCACUCAUGAAGAGCGACUCACUCAUUGCUAAUGAUUCAGAACUGCAGAAUCUCGAAAGUGAGAUCUGUGAUGAGCUUCCCAGCCGCCAUUUUGAUCAUCUCUACUGUAAUACUCAAACAUCUGAACUUGGAUCUGGGAAAAUGGAGGAGGAGGAGGAGCAUGAUGGUGAAGGCGAUGAUGAUGGUGAUGGUGGUUCUGUAAUUCCUCCAUCCAUCUCCAAAAACGCCACAGAUGUCACCUUUAAAUCCUUCACCUGUCCUGGAGGAGAAGUUGAAAUUGCAGAAGAAUCACUCAUGAAGAAUGAGUCAUUUGAGUCAUUUGUGCUGGAUGAAUCACUCAUGAAGAAUGAAUCACUCAGCGCUAAAGAUUCAGAAGUGCAGAAUCUCCAAAGUGAGACCUGUGAGGAGCACACCGAGCUUCCCAGCCGCCAUUUUGAUCAUCUGUACUGUAACGACGAAACAGAAUCUUUUCCUGUACAAGUAAACGAUUCUGUCACUCGCGCCUCCAUGUUCGACUCUAACGAUCCGGAAGGAGUCAUUACCACAAACGACUCUUCCCGUGCUCUGAAUGGCUCCGCUGCCGCGGAGAGACGAGAUGACGUCACAUUUCGCUUCUCAGGAGCUGAAGUGGAGAUCGAGAACACGUACAGAAAGUUUGACGUGUCCACGCUCAUGAAGGGAUUAAACAUCUCUGAUCAGACCCAGUCCUCGUCUAACACUGAGGCAAGCGAACAUGGUGGAGAAAGCUUCAUCGUUAGAGAGCAAGACGACCAGGUUUACUGUCACGGUGUGAAAAAUGAUCUACAGCUGACAGUUUCUGAGAACGAAACUCACCUCAGUGUACAGAUUUCCAAUUCUGGGGUUUCGCAAAGCUCAGAAAGCGCAGUAAGGAGCGAGGGAUCAGAAAAUAUGAAGUCUGAAAUUAUAGUUCCUGAAAGUUCUUCAGACACCACAGAGGAACAAAAUGUAAAAUCUGUCCAGCAGCGAGAUCUCGACCAGCAAACGUCCGCUAAUCUCGAAGAAAAUGUGCUCAAGGAUGAAAACCCACGACUCAGAUGUAACUUCGAGGAAAUGUUUUCAGAUGAAAAUGACAAAAUAUCUCAUUCCCAACCUGGUGCUGAUAGAAUUCCUGAGAAUUUUGGUACUGCAGAAACCCAGAAAGUGCCGAACGCUGACGACGCUGACGUGUCGACCCACGCCGAGCCCGAAAUCCUGCGUUCUGAAAGCGUGGAUUUGGAAGCUCAGGUGAAAAUGUGGAGCCACAUCAUUCUUUCCGAGCCUUCCACUCCUAAACAUUCAGCACGUCGGACAUCUCUGGCUUCCAGAAAGUCCCAUUCCUCCUCCCGCAGCUGCACUCCACCGUACUCGCCGCGCCGCUAA